AUCAUUGGUAAGUGUGAACCGAACACAGUUUCGGGAAAAGUGUUUGGGUCAGUUUCCUCAAGCGAAAAACGAUAUAAGUAAUGACAGAAUCGGAUUCGGUCGAGUACUGAAGCUGAGUAAUCAUCUCUAAAAUCAUAAUCUUAUUGUAUGAAAUGUAAAAAAGUCCACCUCCGUCCUCCAAACGAGAGUACGCACCCUUAGGCUCAUCAUCCGAAUCCCACGGUAUUUGCAGUGUGAUUAAUAAUGAUAACCUAAAAUUUAAUUGCCAAUUGCCAUGAAUUCAAUUAACACAUUAUCAAGCGAUGCGAAUAACGUCGUUUUGCGAGGUUUGCUAUUUUUGCUAUCCCUCCAAGCUAGCGGCAGCAAGAAAGUACCGGUCACUCACCCCAGCAAGACAUACCGAACCCAAUCGUAACCGAGUUCUGUGAGAAACUGAUGCAACAGGGUGUUGUUGCCACUCCUGGAAGCUCGCCAUUCUGUCGGAAUAAAUACCAAUCCGAUGACGAUAGCGCCUGCGCCACCGUGACGACGAGAACGGCAUGUUUACUAACCAAACGGAACCCCGCGAGUGCCGUCAUCUUUCCAGGCUCGCUUUCGCAGCUGAGCACUUCUUUCGCUGCCAGGAGCUAGGUUAGCAAUCGUCAACAGUUGGUCGCUGUCUGUCAUCGCGAACAUGUGGCCGUCUUACCGGGUUGUAUCAAAAGGAUAACGCGCGGAAUUUUGUUCUGAUCUAUACUCUAGGUAGAAAUUAAUUAACCAAUGCUAGUGAUGAUCGGAAUUCAGAUUGUGGUUGAAGGAUUCCUCGUUUUCGACGGUUCCGGUACUGUCGGAUGCUACGAAGAAAACGCUUUACAAUUGUAGUUAACUUAGAGCAAUUGAGUGGCUCUAUUUCCGGAUAUAAGUAAUUGCGGAUUAAUUUUACUGUGUGUCUGUGUGACGUCAUUGAUACUAAGCAUUAAAUGUUUUGCAAUUACGAUCAUAUUAAAUUGUUGUUCAACUAAGUGAAUAGAAAUCAAACAGAAAGGUGCUCACAUAUAUGUACUAACUAAUUGUACUUCUUUUUGAAGCAGAAAAAUUCUGUUAAUGAGAUGAAAAACAUCAGGCAUAAAAAGAAGUAAAAAAAUAUAUGAAAAUCUUUCCAGCAAAAAAAAACAGUUGACACGUUGUGGUGCCCCACACAUGCCUAAGUUAUUCUGUGUGAAGUGAUGAACUGGAAAAUUGUGCACCUGCUGCACGCUCAUGAAAAUCAUUGGUUGGGGUAAAGGAAAGUCUCGCAAUUUCAAACUGUUCAAUAUUCAACCGUCGAUGGGGCCAGCGCUUUGUUCGCGAUUCUCCAUCAGUCAUCAAGUUUGAUGCUGAAUCGGGAACCGAACAGAUAAACGAGACCGUUCUGAAUGAAUUAGUGAUUUUUCCUACCGACUGCACCGUGACAAGACCCGACGAGGAAUGGCCCGAUCUGUAGCUCUCAACGCAUCGAAUCUGUUGGAAAGCCAGCGGAAGCACACUUACCGGAUGUCGUAACUCGUAACAGCACCCGGCGGAAGAAAAGAAAAAAGUGUGAUUACAUACAACCGUACGAGCGUCGACGAUUGGAUAAUGACGGUUCGUCGAAUGGAAAAAGGAAAAGCGACGACGAUUGCUGGUUACGGUUUUCCCCGGCUGCCAGUCUGUUCGGGUAUGUCUGUGUAAAAGAGUUUGUGAAUACGUCUCCCUCGAAGCUAGCGGACCGGAAGUUAAGUCAGGACAAGAGUGCUUCAAGUUAAUGAAAGUAAAACAGAAAGCUGCCGGCACCGUGGAUCCGUGGACGGUGAAAAAACGGUGAACAUAAUGUUAACAGUGCCGUCACGGGCCGAACGAAAUUGGCAGAAUUCCAGUAGUGUCGAUGCAACACCCGGGAUGUGUCUAUGGUGCUUCAGUCCGGUGAAAGUGUACCGGGUGAAGAAAAAGUGUUGCAACAAACGAGACUAUAUCGAUAAUAGCAGUAGUAGUGGCACUAGUUUCAGGUUAUAAAGUGCAUAGUUUUUUUGGCUGUUUUGGAAUAAGGGUACAUGCGAACGCCGACCCUGUUGCCGGCUUAUAGGAGCUGCAUCCAGGCGCCAAAUGUUGUCGGUUGUGCUCAGUACGACCACGAUUACAAUGAACAGAGGCGAGCAGGAAAAUCUCUUUCGGCAGUCACGUAAUCUCAGACUGCAGCAAGAAGAAAAACAACAGCUUCAGUGUCAACAGAAACAGCAGCAGCAGCGGUACUUGAACAAACCACGUCAUUUUUCGUAUGGUAAUAUCCAUCAGGUCAGCAAUCUUCAUAUGCAAGCGUCCAAUUCGCGAUCAUUUGGCGAUGAUCGCAGCAGCGAUAAUCGUCAAUUUGCUGGUGUGGCUUGUGAUGAUCUGGUGCUCAGUGUGCUCAAAUCUCCGAUUAAGGAGACGACUAAUCUACUCAGUAGUAGCAGCAUCUGCGGUCAAAUAGUAUCGGCCAGUCCGAGCGCCGGUAGCAAUGGUCUUGGAACAGGAGCAAACACAGGGACGGCCACUACACAGACAUCGAGUCCUUGUGCCGGGUAUCAUGCUCUGCACGGCUCAGAAGAUGAAAUGAUCGAUGACAUCGAGUCGGCAAUAGAAACAACCGAACUGAACGCUGCCAAAGUGACAGAAGAACCGUCUUCCUCACCACGAGCAUUGAAGUUCCUGCGACGGUUCCGAACUGGUAAAACGGGACGUUUCGCACCGCAUCAUAGACGUGUUCCAACACCCGCCCGUCGUAAGAACCGCAGUCGUUCCCGAUCACGAUCUAAUGCGGACAUUCUGGACGGGGUUACCACCGGUGAUGAUCCGUGCGAUGUGCUGCCUGGCGACGAUCCGUGUGACGACGGUGACGAUGCUCCGCCAAUCUCCCAGAAGGUCGGUGUUCCAGAUCCGUACUAUCCCAUCGCACUGCCGAUCGAUCAAGCAUUCAAAGCCAAAUAUGUUUUCCACCACCGUAGAGGCAAAACGGUACAGGAGCGGUUCUACGUGUUUCUCGAGCAUCCGGUCGGCUGGCUCUGUUUUAUAUAUCAUUUUUCCGUGUUCAUGCUCGUGUUGGUGUGUUUGAUAUUUAGUGUACUGUCAACGAUAGAUGAAUACAGUAAGUUCGCGAACGAAACCUUAUUCUGGAUGGAAAUAUGUCUGGUGGUGUUCUUCGGUGUAGAAUACCUGGUGCGACUCUGGUCCGCCGGUUGUCGGUCCAAGUAUAUGGGCUUUUGCGGCCGGCUACGGUUCAUCCGCAAACCAAUAUGUAUUAUAGAUCUAAUAGUAGUAGUAGCAUCUAUGGUUGUGCUGUCAGUUGGCUCAAAUGGACAAGUGUUCGCCACCAGUGCCAUCCGGGGCAUCCGAUUUUUGCAGAUCCUCCGAAUGCUGCACGUAGACCGACAGGGAGGUACCUGGCGGUUACUCGGAUCGGUCGUGUUCAUUCAUCGGCAGGAAUUGAUAACGACACUGUACAUUGGUUUCCUCGGGCUAAUAUUUAGCUCCUACUUUGUGUUUCUUGCCGAGAAGGACAUCACCGGCCCGGAUGGUCGGCAACCCUUUGCCAGCUACGCCGAUGCACUCUGGUGGGGCGUCAUCACCGUGACGACGAUAGGCUACGGGGACACGGUGCCCCAGACGUGGAUGGGUAAAAUUGUGGCCUCGUGCUUCAGUGUGUUUGCCAUCUCGUUCUUCGCACUUCCGGCGGGAAUCCUUGGAUCCGGUUUUGCACUCAAGGUACAGCAAAAGCAGCGCCAGAAACACUUCAAUCGUCAAAUUCCGGCAGCCGCCAUGCUGAUCCAGUGCCUCUGGCGCUGCUACGCUGCCGAUAAGAGCUUCCACUCGGAUGCGACCUGGCAGAUAUACGUCAAGUCGGACGACCAGAACGCCAACAGUUCCAACAUCAGCACCGCCUUACCCUCGCAGCUGGGCAAAGUGAGUGCGUUGAUUAGCGGUACCCUAAUGGUACAGGUGGCGAGACGCGGUGCAUCGGUACUUAAACGGAGGAAAUCUCGAAACCGGAUGGAAGCUCCCGGCCUAAAAAACACACUCGCAUCGACGGCAGCAACAGCCUCACCAUCAGCUGCUGCUGUGUCGACCCCCUCGGGAGUCGGUGGACUCACCGGAAGUUAUGGAACAUUAGGGACUCCCGGGGCAGGUCCGAGCAGUGCAGGUGCAACGUUUGCAGCAGGAAGCGAGAACACCCUCAUGACACUGGUGACGCCUGCUGGAGAAUCCCAGAUAUCCAAGAGUGAAUCCGACGGAGAUGUCGUGUUCUACAUGGAAGAACCACGGGCGGCAGGAACCCCGUCCCGCACUCGACGGAACGAUCUCAAUCGGGGUGCCUUUGUAAGCCAGAACAGCUCCGUCACGGAGGCGCCCAGCGAUGAGGUGGAAGCGGAACCAGAACAAGACGACGAAGCGGAACCUGCUCGAGUGACGCAACUAACGGAAGCCCAUAGGAACGCGAUUCGAGCAAUCCGGAAAAUCAAGUACUUUGUCGCCAGACGCAAAUUCCAGCAGGCCCGCAAACCGUACGACGUGCGAGACGUGAUCGAGCAGUACUCCCAGGGUCACUUGAACAUGAUGGUCAGAAUCAAGGAACUUCAGCGACGAUUGGAUCAGACGCUGGGCAAACCGGGCAGCUAUCUGGCCGGCAUCGACCGGGUUGGCAAUGUCAAACCCAUGACCGUCGGGGCACGGCUGUACCGAGUCGAACAGCAAUUAUCUGUGAUGGAUAAGAAAUUAGAUCAAUUAACUCACGCCAUUAACUCAAUGACAAUGCAACAGAAGAUAUUAACCCCAAUGCAAUCGCAAAUGUUUUACGGUUCUCAGUCACAACCGCAGCAGCAACCCGUCUUCGGACUGUCUCCGCUACUGUUACCCCCGGCACCCUCGCAAACGAAUUCACCUACGCCGACCAAAUGCAUUGAAGACGAUGUGUAAUAUUCGAUCUAAGCGGUCACUGAAUGUUCGAUGUAGAAAUCUGUUCACCUACUACAUCCACCACAUUUAAAAAUCGUUGAACAUAUGUAGUAAAAUAUCUUUAAGCCAACGAGAAAAUACAAGAAAUCAACCCUUGAUAGUAGAUUAGGCAAUUUCAAAAAUUAUUUUAAAUAAUGAAUUUAACUCUAAACUAUUAAGCAAAUCGGUGCGAUUCUAUAACGAAAGCGAAGACAAAAAAGAUGCAUUUAAUAUCAAGCUAAAUAAAAACAAAAUAAAUAAGAAUCAUAGAUAGUUAAGCAAACCAAAGAACGAAUAAAGCACAAGAUUCAGUACAUCCUAAACAAUAAAUAAAAAAACUAAUCUCGCAAAACUUGAUCAAGGUACCGCAAAAGAAAAUCAUUGUAUACAUUGUCCAGCAAACGUUGAAAACAAAAAUUCAAAAUGGCCUAUCGGUAUGCAGCUAACAAAGUCUGCGGAAAUUAAAUGUCAGCAAUUGUCUAAUGUAAGGUGACCUAUUCCCAGUAUAGUUGCAUGAUGUAGAACAUUACAAAAAGAUAAAUUCACAAUGAGGCAGCCGCAGAUGAACAAAUGACGGUUUAGUUAAUGAGCCCCAACUCUGCACGUUAGCAAUAUUAUUUUAGAAUUCCACUUCGACUUUUGUCAUUCGAGCUUUACUCAUCCACUUUCGGUAGAAGAUUUUCCAUUUCGUAUUGAUGAAUUUCAACUUAACUACAUUCAAUAUUAACACCCAGAUUUAUGUGCCAUGAAGCUUUUGCUUCAGUUAGUUUAACAAUCAUUAUUCGGUAACCUCUAUAUUAUUUAAAUUUCAGACGAAACUAGUCGAUUUUCUGUUAGAACUGGAGUGAUUUUCUAAUUUCCUAAGACUCAUAAAGCAAUGAAAAUCAGUAUGCAAUCGCGCAAAAGGUCAACAAGACUAAAACACAUUACGUCCAUUCAGCCCACUUUUUCUAAGUCAAUUCAGACAGAUUUCUGAAUCAUUUGAAAUAAGUUAUUGCACUGGAGUUCGCAUUUCGAAAUUUUUAAAUUUUAGUUCGCAUUUCGAAAAUACCUAAUGAAAAUGAUUCGCCCAAUCAUCUUGGAUGUGGGUGGUAUUACCAUAUCCACCAGUGGCUGCCAGCCGUCUGCAAAACUGUAGACAUGCAAAGCCCAAAUGUGGGCUUUACAUCUACAGAACUACUAUUAAACCAGUUCUACUUUAAAUUUCUACAUAAACAUAAACUGUCGAUUUUGCUGAAAAACCAAUAAAAAAACAUACCUUGGUUUGCAUAGUCCAUUUGUCUAGCUAAAGUUUAAUAAAAUUUCGUAAAUCGCAUAAUAUUUACACUAACACAUUCUUAGAGAAAGAUAAAAUUCAAUUAUACUUAUGCACACAUUUCAGUUGAAUUUUCAAAAUAAGAACGAAACUAAAAAACUGACAGCAAAUAGAGAAAAACAGCGUUGAAUGUUUCGACUUUGAUUUCAAUUCCUAUUUAUAAAUUAUCCUACAUUCUCAGAUCAACUUUGAUAUGUCGAAGAAUUGUUGGUUUAUCUUCUGAUGGUAUGCAAAUUUCCCAUAUACCUUCUUCUGAAUAAAUCAACAUAAAAAGAGUUUCGCCCUUUCUCGAUUUGUUUACUUCUAAGCUCUCACUGUGAAUAAUGAAGUUACAAUCUGAUAAAUUUUUCGUAAAAUUGACUGGUUUUCACGAUUAAGUCAAAUCCACGGGUAAUUUUAUCGUGUUAUUUAUUAUUUCCAGUAGUAUUAAGCUCGGAAACCUUCUGCAAUAAUGAAAAGGAAAUAUUUUCGCUCUUUCUUCCUUUCCAGCGAUUAAAGUAUCGGCCUGUCUGUUGGCAUGGUACACCGAUAGCGAAAUUUACGAAAACAAAUGGAAUGACAGUUUUGCUCUUUACAGUUUUUUUGUGUUACUAAGAACAAAUUUAGCAGUUAUAUGGGAAUUCUUUAUUGAAACUGAAACUGAAAUAAUCAUAUCCCCAUCAAACCGUUUUAGUUUUAUUUAUUCGAAUAGUUUGGUCCUUUACUUUUCCGCACUUUUCCAAUAAUAAUAAGGGUUACAUUUGUUGUUUCUAUCGGAGUUUUGUCCCAGGAGUUUCAAUUCAGUCACUUCAGCUUGGGCAUAUUGAUGAUCCAAUUACGGAUGAUAUUUUCUACCGUUGAUCAGUUUACUUUGAUGAUCUACUAGAACGACAGUUAUAUUGCCUUGAAGCAUAAAUCAAAUAAACAUAGAUUUUCCAGUGUAAUAGUAAUGUAGGUAAGCAACCCGUUACACCAAAAGCGCCGUCUGGUGUAGAAUAGGUGCGCAAAUGCUCCUAAAAUGCAUGCAUUUAACAGCAACCACAGUAGCUAAUGGAAAAAAGUACAACCGUUUCUCACUAGAAGCGCUGUUAGUGUCUCCGUACAAUGGUAAAUCUAUGUUUAUUUGAUUUAUGUUUAUUUGAUUUAUGCUGUGUAGGGUUACCACCUGAACGGACCUAGCCCAGCAGUGCCGCACGUAUAUUUUUUUUAAACCUUAGUUUGACAAGUGAAAAUCCAAAAAAUUUUACAUAAUUCAAGCACAAUUCGAAUAUCCCUGUUGAGUAUUCGGACGAUUCUAAUCGUCAACAGUUUCAUUGGUGUUCAGUUUCAGUUUUCCUCAAUUCAUUCAACAAUCUCCCCCGCUCACGUGCCAAUAGUGUUUUGCUCGCCGGGUGACAGAAGUUAACAUGGUGGUAGCCCUAUAGUUGCGUGAGUUGAUUGGCAGAAAAGUUUGACUAUUGAUCGAACUUAAAUGCUGGUAAUCGAUGGAGUUCAAUGAAUUUUGCAUACAACCAAGAAGAUAUCUUAUCGGAGGAAUUAUAUGAAAUUGUUACGGUUUGAAAUGAAUAGACUCUUGUACCUAAAUUUUUAUUCACAAUAUUUGACCAUUGUGUAGACGGCUUAUGAUGUUCCGUCGACGUUUUAGAUAUUAGAUUUGUGGGGAACCAAUUGAAAAUCUAAAACAUAUUUUUUCCAAAGCUUAUUUUACAGGGAAUAUCUUUUUGGUAAUCUUCCAUUCUCACAUGCACUGUACUAUGGAUUAUGGACCUUUCUUUACUUAAUAUUAUCUGGCAGAAUUACAUUCUUAUGUUUCCGCGGUAUAAUUCCUAAAUUUAAAUCUGAAGCUUUUUGGAAUCGGGUUAGUACACAAAAGUACCAAAUAAUACUUAAAAAAACAUCCUUUCAAAUGCAACAUACAUUCAAUUCUUACGAGAAAGAAAAAAACUAUAAUGAUAUAACAAUACAUUAGUGAUAUUUGAAGAAGUAGUAAUAGCAGUAGCAAUGAUGGUGGUAGCAGUAGUUAUAGAAGUAAUAGUAGUAUUAUUAGCACUAGUAGUAGUAGCCGUAGUAGUAGCUUGAAGUAGCUGUUUAGAAGAAAGUAAUAAUAUUGAUUGUGGUGAGCUGUUGUUACAUCUGAAGGGCAACGCAAUGUUUCCGUCUCGAGAAUGUGCUUCUUUUUUCGUCAUUGCUUUAUCGGCGCAAUCUUGAAAUCGCACCCGGGAAAACGCGCACGGAUGGCCAUUAGAAUGUGGAAUCUGUUUUUGUACAACAUGAUACAAGAAAGCAAAAAAGUUUUCAUAUUCUUGCGGUCACUCGGUCUUGCGCCACACAACGUUCAGUAAGCUGGGUGCGAUUAGUAGACAUUAAGUUUUCAAUAUGUUGGUACGCACAAUCGGAUUUCAGUGUCGUAAAACGAUUCAAUCUUUUAACACCAUUAGACAAGCUCUAUUUUGAAUGUUCAAGUUUCGCAUAAAAAAUUCUUCUUAACCGUUAAAUAAUGAAAUAUUUGUAUUUAAGUGAAUUACUUUAACAAAAAAAGGAAUAGUGAAAAAUACUUACUGUGAUCACUUGAACAAAGCAUCUAUAAGAAAACUUCCUAAUCUUAUUUCAGUUACUCCAGUUCGAAGUACGGAGAACAUCAAUUGGACGAAAAUGUUGUAAAUAUAGGCUACUCAAAGUUUGUCCAACUUAAUGACUUUAUUCUCGUUAGAAACUGUUUUGCAGUUGUUAAAAAGAUGUACAUUUUGAAAAGAUACGGUAGUAAAAUUUUAAUUCGAGCCUCUAUAUCGAUGAAUAAGCAUGAGUGAAAAUCGCAAAAUUACAAUAAUGCACUUUCAACAACUGAAAGAAUUGAAAAAAAUUAAAGCUAAAGGGUCCAAUCCUGCCUCUACCACAUUUGAAGUAUAAUCAGAUUUUGAAAGGAAAUGUUUUGUAGCGAAGUUUUUAACCUCUCCUAACAAUUCUUUUCUCCGGUCGUGUAAAUAACAACAAAAACUUCCUGAAUGUUAAACGGAACCUUUACCGAAUCGAUCAGUGGCUUUAACUAUAGGACCAUAUCGAACAUGAACUGCACCCGCACGAUGUUUCCUACUCCAACUUCGAACAAUCACCAUUGAAACAUGCAAAAUAGACCAAAUAAAGUACAGAAUUUACAUAUCCCCAUACAACUAAAUAAACGAAAAAAUCAAUUGGGAACCAAAAAAAGCUUCUUCAUCUUCUACUUCCUAUAAAUCGUACUUACAACUGAAAUUGAAUGGUUUCCUUCAAGCAAAAACAGAUUAGCUCUUUAUACAUAAAUAGGACCACGUCAACCACUCACAUCUUGAGUUGGAAAAACAUAACCUAAUUCUAACAAACCGGAUAUCCAAAUUGAAUUUAAUGUAAACAAACUAGUAUAGAAAAAUAACUACCAAAGAAAAAAUACAAAAAAUAUACUUAUAUGUUAAUAUUGUAUCAAACUACCGUGGAGGCCUCUAUUCUAAAUGUGUGAAGAAAUAACCGGAUUCAACAGCCACUGAACCAAGGGGUGGAUCACUUCUGAUAUAUUUAAAAUAUUAACAAAAAUAAAUGGUGCAAAAAAUUAUUUUCUUCUAGUUGCGUGUACCAUUUACAAUUCACUUUUUUAAGUGCGUGUAUCGCAUCGACUUUAAAUUAAUUUUUAGCACAAUGGAAGUUAAUGAGAAAACGGAAAUUAUUUGGCAAAUUUCCAAAUUGGCUAUAAAAUAAAUGUGCUUUUUCAAAGUGAUCUGCUCCUUGCACUGAACAGAUUUUCUUGAUGAAGUUUUUUUAGUCUCAACAAAUUGAAUGGUUUGGAAGCGUAAAAUUUAGUUAGGAUGUCGGAAUGGUUGGAAUGAACAAAUUUUCGGUGUAAAAUUCAUCAUCGAAAUAUUGAUAACUAUUAAUUGAAUCGGAAUCACCCAGUGCACUUCCUACCUAUAGUGUUGUUCGUGAUCAAAUGUGGACAACAGUUAGCUUAUAAUACGAUAGACGUGGUGCGACAGUAUUAUCCUUAAUUUGUAAUGGCAUGCUAUGCACAGAUUACUACAAAUUCACUUGCACCCACCAAGUAUCUAUAUUUGCAUACCUUAUUGAACUCGAUCAGCAUCUAUUCUUUCACUGAAUCCGGCAAUUGAGCUACUGCCACAGACUAACAGACAGGACACUCAAAUUAGAUUACAAUCAUUUUAACGGUCAUUUCGAAUAUUCCUUUAGUUGGGACAGUACUCGCAUAUGUCAUGAUGGCGCCACGUUACCCUAUCAAAAACAUCCUGUCUGUCAUCUAGACUGUGUUUAUUUUUGCAGGAUACAGAUUUAAUACAUAUUGCCAAAACUAUAUACAUAAUUGUGCCUACUUCUCAUCCUCCAACGUUAUACAAAAUCAAACCCGACGUUUGUUACAAUAUUUACUUGCUUCUGGUCUGCCGCCACUUAAUUUCGGGUGAAAACUACCAACACAAUAAAAAAUAGUCUAGAUGAACAACGUUGAGUCAAAUAAAUGGUUACCUUCCAACAUCGCGAAAAAGUUAAAUAUAUUAUCAACGUAAUUCAAUAAUUUAUUGUGACGAUUCAUUUUUAAAUAUUUUGAUGAAAUCAGGCAUCCCAGCAAGCAGUUGAUCGGUGUUGACAAACGAUGGGAAACCAACUAGUAAAAAAACUUUUACAUAACACAAGAGGUGUACAGAUAGUAAAUAGUUCGCGCAGUACAAUAUAAGUGGAACUAGUGCAUCACGAAAAAUUAUUAUUAUUAGAAUUUACUCAUACUGUCAUGUCUGUUAGUCUGUGCUACUGCAUCACUUCACCAGUCAUUAUAACGAUUAAAACGAAACUGUAUUGAACAACCCCUCGUCACUUGUCUUCGCUGUCAGCAGAGAUGCCAUAUCUGCAGAUUUGUCUGUAAAUCUGCAGAUUUCGGACAUAGUGCUGCAGACAAUACCUAAUAGAGAAAUUGCUACCAACAAGGCAUGCUUCCUAAUUGCAGAUUUUUUUCACAUUUACAGACUUUUUAAACCCUGUCUGCAAAUAUUUGAAAUUUUCACCUGGCAUCUCUGGCUGUCAGUGCAUGUAUGUGUUACUUUUGUAAAUAAGUGCUAUGCUUGCCCUUAUUUACAAAAGUUUGGAAUAAGUUCAGAAGUUAAAAAUACCUGAAGAACAAAAAUACCUAAAACACGAUAGACAAAUUUCGCACUAAGGCGUCAUGCAUAAAUUAUGUCACGCUAAAUUUCAAUAAAUUAAACCCCCCUCCCCCCCUUGUCCCGAUUGGCCCAAAGUUUGAAACGACCUCUAAGGAAUUACGUAACAACUUUCGACCCCCUCUCUCAUCUCCCUCAGCUAUUUUUUUUAAUUCUUGUAUUGGUACAAUGAUGCCUUUCAGUUUAUUUAUUUAUUUGGUGCAGGGAAAAGCCCAUUGGAGUUAAUUUUAGUCAAACUAGCAUAAAACCUCCUCAUUUUUGAAAACACAUUACCAUCAUCUAAACGGUACAUUUUCCUUAAAUUUGGUUCCAUAAAACCUCCUUAUGUUCUGAUUCAACAUUACAAUCGUCCAAAUGAUACAUUUCCCUUAAAUUUAGUUCUAUGGAAAUUCAAACUAAUUAGGCAGUAACCUUAGGUAUGAUUUCUUGAUAACGUUACGUGAUAAAUGAAAGUCGAAAUUAUUGAAACACUUGUUAAAUAUGCAGCACAUUCUAGCGAUGGACUAGUUAUAUCCAUAAUUGGUUCAAGCAUAGGGAAUCCGAAAAAAAGGUUCGAAGAUUUCGACAUCGAAUGUCUAAUUGUAACAAUUGUAAUAGCUAGUAGUCUUUCAAACAUCUCGACGGACAAAUAAUAAAUCUAGACCAUUCAGUUUGUUCCGGUCAUGGUAACUCGGUGGGUUUAAAGGAUAUCUUAAUGGAAGACGACGGAAAGUGAAUCGGAUUAUUCACAGGACUAUAAAGUUCAGAAGUAUUUGAAAAAAUGAAUGAAUAAAAAAUCACCUCAAUUGUAUCGAAAAUCAAAGCGAUCAAUUGCACUUUGGUUAGUCGUCAACGGAACGAGGCAGUACAGAUUUUCAAUUCAUGAGAUAUUUUUGAGAAAUCGAUCGAUUUCACUCCUAACUCUUUGAGUUGCUACUCUCGGAACUUAUGGAACAGUUAAUCGGAAACCAAUGGGGUCAACAGAGCUUCAGUCAAUCACCUAUCGAAGCAAUUGACAUUCCUUUUUUGCUGCAUAUCAAAUUGAUAUUUCAAGUCGACCCGAAUCUCCGGAAUCCGUAGUCAGUUUUUAACAAAAUACAAUAGCAGUUAUUGUACCCCAUAUACAUCUUUAAUUUGAGGGGGAUGGGGCUCAAAGGAUGAUUGAUAAAACCUAUGAUCUUUCUCCGAAUUGCUGGAGCUACUUUCACUUAUCAGAAUACUAUCACUUCGAGAGAAUUUUUUUAUCUAUUUUCUCGAGUCUAAUCUAAAAUUAUUUUCAUCUUUUAUGAUAUUUUUCGUUCGUGAACUCAAUUCAUACGCGUUUCUUAUCGCUUAUUCUCAUGGGGUGAUUCGUUAGCGGAGCUUUUAUUGAAAUUAUGUCGCCUUUUUGUUAGUAGUUUUUCUUAUUUCACAUGCUUGUAUAGUAACUUAUUUUAAGAAUCAAUUUUUUUUGCAAAAAAAAAACAGUUUUGAUUUGAAUGAAUUUUUUAGCGAUUAACAAAAUUUCAUCCAAAUCAAAAAUGUUUUUUUUUUGCAAAAAAAAACAUUUUUGAUUUGAAUGAAAUUUUGUUACAACAUAGACUAUUAUGUUCCCUACCUACAGUCAAAAAUUCAAAUUGGGCACUUUAAAAAAAAAGUAAUUUGAAAUCGAUCACAGAUUUUUGAAAUCAAUCACAGCGUAGCUUUCAAAAAGUACAGAGCGUUUGGAAAUAGUGAGACUUUUUUUUACUUUUGCAAAAUGAUUCCGAUCAGCUAUUAUGGUACGGGAAACGUGCACAGAUUUUGCACAGAUAGGUUUUUGGCUUGAUUACAGAUUUUUGAAAAGCGAAAGUUUCAUUAAAAUUUGAGAGGGUGCUACCAACAUUUGUUCGAGUUAGCACAAGAUUCGUUGAUAUUAGGCUUUAUGACAGUUCAUUUACAACCACAACUGCAAAUGAGAUUGAUUUAUUUGCACCAGGAAAUAUCAGUAUUAAACACAAUUCAAACGAUUCAUCAACAUCGACGCCAAGAUUCAUUUAAGUGUUUCUUUACCCGGAUAUUAUUCACGUACCGGACGUCAAAUAUUCCGUGACGUUGACGUUGCCUGUCACCAUUAGAAUUACUUAUGUUAUCGUUAUUUGUUAUUGUUAUGUUGUCGUUCCGUAACCGUUCCAAGCCGGUGAUAGUUGGCUGAUGCCACGUGUGAAAGCAGGAAAAUUUAUCACGUUUUUUUUGUGAUAACGCCCAAUAAGCCAUCUAAACGCAUGAUUUAUUCAUUUCAGUAAAAGUACGUGGUACUGAUGAAAACAAAACAAUAUGUAAGAGCGAUUCACACGUGGCAUCAGGCGACUAUCAUUGGCAUGAAACGGUUACGGAACAACACCAUUAUUUGUAAGCAAUUUUUAUGGAGGCACACAACGUCAAGUCAAAAAAAUUAUUGAAUACAUUUUGACGUCGACCGAAGUUGAUUGAUCGACUGAAUCGUGUUUAAUGCAGGUGUUUCCUGAUGAAAACAAACCAAUCCCAUUUGCUUUUGUGGUUGUAAGUGAGCUGUCAGAAAACCUAAUAUCCUUAACCACGGCUUUACAAGCUAAACUCAACUAUUUUAUUUACUAUUAUUUGAAUAAUAAGCUGAAGAAAGUACCUGAAAAAUAAGCACGAAAUGACAAUGUUUUUCUUCAGGGAACUGCUUCACGCGAAUCACGAAUUUAUUUUGAUCGGAGCUCCCCUGAUCUUAUAUACCAUUCGACUCAGCUCGACGAAAUCAGAAAAUGUUUCUCCGUGUGUGUAAAAGAAUUUUCCUACCGGCCAGUUUUCUCGGAAAUGGCUGUACCAAUUGCAACAAACUUGGACUCGAUUAAUAGCUUUUAUUGAGUUAUUGAUCAAGUUCGAAGAUCAAGUGGUUAUCCUUAUCGGUUCCGGAGAUAUGAUGAUAUUGAUCUAUCAGUAAUUGUUACAUUUUAGAUUCAUACAUUAUUAUUUCUUUCAGAUAGAAUUAAUUUAGGAACAUAGCAUGCUUUUUUGCACAAAACAUAAAACCCCUAAAUGUUCAAACUCUGCGGCGACCAGUAGCCAGUUGUCAUUCGUUUACGCCCGAGACGUCAGAUAGGAUAUGGCACCUAGUGUUAUAUCCUUAAAGGGUCACAUAAGUAGUGUGGACUUUGCGUCUGCUUUGCGGUUCAAGUUUGACUGCUAGGCGGAGAUGGCAGUUCUACUUGAACUGCUUUAAGCCCUGACGAGCCGAAGGCGAAACGCAAAGAAAGUUGAAACAAAAUAUGUGCUUUUUUGCACAAAACAAAAAACCCCUAAAUGAUAAAAAUUCGUAUUACUCAAAAAGUAAACAUCCGAUCUAAAACAUUCAAUAGCGUUUCAGGCGACGAGGAGACCUUUCAUUUGCGACUAGUUUGAUAAAAAUCGGUCCAGUCGUCUCUAAAAUCUCGACCUCUUGGUUGAAAACAGACACGCACACGGAAAUUUGCUCAGUCCAUCGAGCUGAAUCGAUUAGUAUAUAACACUUGAAAUUUUUCUAAAGUUUGAGUUAAUUCUGUACCUAUUUUUUAUAUUAAUAAAAUAAGGUAAAAAUAUUGUAAAAAUCUUUUUGGCAUUAAAAAUGCCUUACUCUUCACUAUAUGGGGCCGGGUGUCAAUUAAAAGUUUCAAAAAUAGUCGCGUAACCUUUUUGUGUCAUAAUUUUGAACGUUAAUAAAUCGGUCAUUUGUUGAUGGAUUGUUAUAAUUUAACAACCAAUCGAUUCGGAAACUUUUAACUUAAACAUGUAUGACGACGUCUUUUCAGUAUUUCAAUAGCAUACUAUUGAAAAAAUGGUUGGAAUCGACCUAUGUUUCCAUCCACCAAUCCCUGUUGUACAAAAUGACGUCAACUUUUUGUUCGGCAUAGGAGGCUUUGCGUCAUGCAUAAAAAACACCGUAUCGUUAUGCAUAGUAUGAAGAGAAAUCUAUAAAUAUAGGCUGCACAAUAUUUCUUUGCCUAGUUGAUGUUUGACUGUGAAUGAAACAAGUAGCUUGUCCAGUGAGCUGAUGACUGGAUUGUAUAUGCGUUCACUUGCUGGAUUGUCGCUUUUGCAUUAUGUGUUGGUGAAAUUUCCUGUUGUCUGUGCAACACCGUGUUCGCUUGAGUAUCUUAUAUAUCAUCUAGCUAUUGAAAAACCGAAUCAGCGUGGUUACCGAUUCUUUUGAAAUAUCCCAUGUAUUUAGCAAAUUUUUGGUCGAUUUUGCCAUUAAAAAUGCUUUACACUUCGCUUCCCGAGGCUGGGUGUCAAUUUAAAACAUGCAAAACUAAUCGCGUAACAUUUUUCUGUCAUAAUUUUGAACGCUUAUAACUCAGUCAUUUGUUGAAGGAUUUAUAUAAUUCAACAAACAAUCGAUUCGGAAACAUUUAACUUAAACUUAUAAGACAACGUCAUUUAAAUAUUUCAAUUGCAUACCAUUGAAAAAUUGGUUUGAAUUGAGUAUUUUAUUUUGGUUCUCUGGUAACUAUCAGACCAAUUUAGAAUUAUCGGCGAUAGAUUUUUCGGAUCUAAUUUGCAGCGCUUGUUCCUCGAUGAUUUGUUAAUGGAUUUUCCUUAUUUAAAUGAUUCCAAAGCUUCAAUAUUGUGAGCUUAAAAAUGUUUAAAAUUUGUCAACGGAUCGGUUAUCAUACUUGAAUCUCCAUUCCCAUACGAACAAAACGUGACAAUGUGACUGAACAAGUUGUUGUCCCACCAGGAAUUAAACGCUUCAAAAGAUUCAAAAUUAAAUUCUGAAACUUAUCUAAAAGCGGCCUCCUUGGUUUAGUAGUAUAAUUGAGUUUCACAGGCUUACAUAUACAGUACAAUUAGAUGCAAUAUCAUAUAGUAUCAAAGAGAAACUCAAGGUAAGUUUACCUACGAUUUUACAUGUAUCGUUUGACUAGGAACCCUCGUAGAAUUUGGUUAACCGCCUGUUUCAGUUUAAUUAUCAUUUGCUUCAAAACAAUAAGCGUCUGAUGGCUACACGAGUUGUAACUAUGACAAUGUUCAUUCAUGUGUUAAUAACAUCAAGUUACAAUAUUGUUAGGAAUUUUGUUGCGUAUCCAUUCCGUAUAUUCCUAAUAUACCAAAUCGAAAAUCAAUGUAAGUAACCAAAUAUUUUAUGUGGACUGUUCCACAUGUUUUCUUCCUCGUAUUGUUGCCAUAUUAUUCACCGACACUUUCCGAAGAUUAUCGACGAUUUUAAAGGAUUAAUAAAAUUACACCAUUACUGAGAUUACUGGUACAACAUUCUUUUGGAUCGAUUAACUGUUUAUAAAAUUAAUAAGUCCACACAGUGAACGACCAUUAUUAGAUUAAAACUGGGGGUAAAUAAACGAUAUAAAUCAAAUCAAAUUAAGAAGUUUGUACGUUUCUCGAAAAUUAUCAUCAUAAAAUAACAUAGUUUCAUUUGUUCAGGUUUAAAUCUUUAGGUUUUUUAUAUCUAAAAGUGAGCUUUCAAGUAACUUUGAAGUGUAGUAAAGUUUAGUGUAUCAUCAACAUUAUCAUCUUUAUUUUUGUAUUUAUUAUGAAGACCCUAGAAACGUUUCAUUUUUAAUGUUAUUGUGCUCGGUCGUGUCUUGAAUACAACCCUCUAAUUUUUUCUUUUCAUUUUCAAUAUUUUGCUAUUCUAGAUCUUUGCUUCAUUUCAAAGUUCGGAACAUUCGGAACUCGGUGUUGGUUUUCCUACAUUAUAAUAUUUUCAGUUCAGUGUGAAUUUUCCAUUCUGUAUUUCAUUAGAACUAUGUUGUUUUUUAUGGAACUCGAACUUGAUCAAAAUACAGAAUGAAAAUUUCACAUUCGUUCUAUAUAUAAAGUCAGGGUGUUCAUUUGUAACCAUUCCAAGUCGAGUAGCAUUUCUCCUUAAUUUUGUGUAAGUAAAUAAACUCUUCAUCAAUUGAAUCGAUUCACACAAAUAUGUUCCUUAACAUAUGUUCGUCAAAACAGAAUGAAAAAUAGCUGUUGUGGUAUUGAUGAUUAGAUUUUACUAGUCCUCUAGAAUAUGUAUCCGUAGAACCAAUGACAAUUUCAUUUCGGUCUUCUACUUUGUAAAUAAACGUACUAUAUAGUAAUAAAACUAAUGUAAGACACACUUACACGGGUUUCUAUAUUCUAUUUAACAAACAGGUGCGAAAAUAAUGCCCUCAAAAGUCUGCUAAACGAUGAAUAUUAUUAUAAAAAUUUAACGAUACGAUCGAUGAACAUGAACGAACUGAGUUCACUAUCCACUGCAAAACAUUCACUAGCCGUCAUUCAUCAAUUAUAUCGGUGGAAAAUACAUUACGAAAUCAACAGAAAGCACAGAAAGAAUAUGUUUGACUUGUUUUAUUGAAUAUUCCCCUAAUUGGGACUUAUAAAAACUUCAUUGUACAACUUAAGACAGAAAGCAGACUACACAAUAUAACCGAAUCAAUACAAAUGGAUAUCCUAAUGUAAUUAGUGCAGAAGAAAUAGAAUACAAACUGCAUAAAAUUGCAAAUAUUAACUUCACUAACCUAAAUGGAGGAAGAAUUGUCAGUAAAGUGUGUCGAAUCGUGUCUUUAAUGUUUAUAUUUAAUCUAGUGUAUCUUUUCAAUUUCAAACGAUAUAAAGAUGAAAAUACACUGAGGACUUUUUUUACGCGGCGAAUGCGUACCGCUACGUAAAAAAAGCAUAACUUCGUAAAUCCGCGUUUAAACCGCAAAACUAAAGAAAUUUAUUUUUUUAUGCCGAAUGUCUUAGAAAUGCAUGAAAAGUCCAGUUUUCAAUAAAAAAUUUUUGAAAAAAAUCAACUUUGGGAGAAAGUUUGAGAUUUUCGAAAUCGAAAAUUUGUUUGAUGCCAAAUGUUUCAGAAAUGUAUGAAACGUCGUGGUUUGGUGUAAUCUAAAAAAAAUCUUUUUUUGAUAAAAUCGAAAAUUUUACAAGUGUCAGAGAGUUGAUUCGAGUUGCUUCGAGAUAACACCAGAUCUCGACGUUUCAUGUAUUUCUAAUACAGAACAAAAAAUCGGAAAAUUUGCGUAAAAAAAACCGCUUAGCUUCGGAAAUCCCCGUAACAAAACAGUGUAAUUUCGGAUUCGAAAUCCGCGUAAAAAAGUGUACCUCAGUGUACUAAACAAAAAACAAAGACAUAUAAAACGUUAAAAAUAAAACAUUUUUUUCUGAUCA